AGUGAAGAGCCUCGUUUGAAGAACAUUGCUGGGUCUGUCUGGGUGGGGACUGAGGGGGAGAGGAGAGCAUAGCACGAAGAAGAAGAGGAAGAUGGUAGCUCUGCGGCCCUUCCCCACUUCCUUCAACUGUUACUUUGCCGCCUCGAAGUCAAAGCAUUCUUCUCUUCUUUCUUCUCUCAAGUCAUCCCUAUUUCCUUGUCCUCGUCCUCCUCUUCCUCCUCCUUCUCUGCCUUCCCCCGCGACGCUCUCCACCGCCUGCAGUCGUCUCCGCGAAAGUGGCUUCGCUCUAGAGGAGGAUGAGGAGGAGGAAGGGGGGGCGGAGCAGCAGCAGCCGCGGAAUCAGCAGCUGAGAAGCCCCGACCUCGUGGCCUUGGAGUAUGCAGAGCUCAAUCUUCCCCACAGGACCGCCGAGGACUUGGGUCAUGCCAGGAUUAGGCAGCAUGUCAACCCUCUCAGUUUGUCCUUCUCCAUGCCGGUGGAAGCACCUCAGUGGGAAAGUGUUUUCAAGGACCCAGCUUUGCCACUAAUGGUGGACAUUGGAAGCGGCAGCGGCAGAUUUCUCAUAUGGCUCGCUAAAGCAAAGUGUGAAUUGGGAAAUUAUUUGGGACUGGAGAUACGACAGAAGCUGGUCAAACGUGCAAAUUGUUGGGUGAAAGAGCUUCAACUUGAUAACAUACAUUUCCUAUUUGCAAAUGCCUCAGUUUCUUUCAACAAUCUGAUUUCUAGCUACCCGGGUCCCUUGGCUAUGGUUUCAAUCCUUUGCCCGGAUCCUCAUUUCAAGAAAAGGCAUCACAAGAGAAGGGUUGUGCAAAAACCAUUAGUAGACUCCAUACUGUGUAGUCUAGCGCCUGGAGGAAAGGUAUUUGUGCAAUCGGAUGUUUUUGAAGUGGCUGUCGACAUGAGAAACCAGUUCGAUGAGAAGCUCGAUGUGCUUCAACAUAUCGAUUCUGUAGAUCCAGACGUUUCAAUUGACGGUGAUGGGUGGUUGAGAAAGAACCCGAUGGGUAUCAGGACGGAGAGAGAAAUCCAUGCUGAAUUUGAGGGUGCCAAGGUAUAUAGAAGGAUGUAUCAGAAGAAGCUGAUUUGAUGCAAAGCGAGUGGCACUUUCUUUUGAGAAUAGAAUGUAACGGCAAGUAGUUAGAGUACCGAAGUGGCAGUUUGAUUAUAGAGAGUUGAUGUAGAUAGUUGAAGUGGCGAUGCGAUUAUACCGAAGUGGUGAUGGUGUUGGAUCCUACUGGAGGGUCUAAUCUUCACUAGGUGAUUGUCCCAUGGUUCCAAGCCCCUCUUUGAUGUAGUUUCUAAACAUUUUCAAGUUCGUAUAAACAGAGCUUCGAGAUCAUUUACUAGAACUAUGCUCUUUCAUUUGAACUUGGCUCUUAUGGGCUUAUGUUGACUACAUCUUUGGUGGGUUCUCUAAUUGCUCUAGUUGUUUGGGUUC